AGCUAAUGAUUGAGUCCAGGUUGAAAAAUCAAGGAAGGUUAGAUUUAUCAUUCAUGCAAAACAGGUUACCUCCAUUAAUGGUUAAUUUACUCAAAUGUAUGCGUCCAACCCCUGAUCAGAAAUUAGGCAAAUUAUGCAUUUAAGAAAUACAGACUGGACACGUAUAAUUUGACUGAUGGUAUAUCAUUAUCGCCAAACCUAACAUUUACAGUAGGAGUUUUUCUUUUUGUUUGUCUCAUUGAUUUUUUUUUUGGAUGAUUAUGCCGUCAAUUACACUUAAUCUAACAACAAUUUUUAAUCCUUUUAUGCUUUUUGAUCUAUUUGAGAUGUCAUUUUUGGGACAGUUUUGAUAAUGGCGCUUAUGUGGCAGUUAUGAAAUUUUAAAUAAAACUGUUAGCACACCAUGUGUGUCAUAUUUAUUUACAUAACAACAAGUAAAAUAUAAUUUCAAAUGUCCCUGUUUAAGGAUAUUUCGAUAUUUGUACUGGAAGAGAAGACAAUAAUACCAAAAUUAUUAUUAUUAUUUUUUUUUAUGAAAUUCAUUCAGUAUAAAGUCUCAAGUAGAUUCAAAUAGACACAGGGUGGCGAAUUUGAAAAAGCUGUUUUUUUGGAUUUUUGGAUUUUACUAUUAUUCUAAAAUGUAGAAAGCAGUAAUAAAGAAUGAGCAGGUGUAUCUAAACCGCUAUAGCAUUAAACAUAUAUUCCACAGGUAAACGCGUUUAUGUGCUCCUUUAUUCUUGAACUGCUCAGUUACAGCUCUGCCUGUUUAUCAGAACAAUUACACUAAGCCGAAAAAUGUGCCCCAUUACAGCUUGUUUGUAAAUUAACCCGUGUGAUUCAUCUAAAAUCCUUUCAUGAGACAGUGAAAUAGUAUAGGAACACAAAUUACUCAUGUGGAUGGGUUGGGAAUGAAGUGAAUAUAUACCAGACUGAAACGGAGAAGAGCGUCACAGCAAAAGAAGCCAGACUCGCUUUGCUUCCCGUUUACUCUGUUACCAAAGAGGGCUAAAAACCUCUUCAGAUUCAACAUCACAGCGGAGCAAGAAACGCAAACAUGUAAGUAACUAAAAAUAAUCUGCAUUCAGGGUUAUUUGGAGAGAUAUUUAAUUAUAUGCAAUUAACAUACUCAGUGCAACUUUAUAUACAGUAUAUAUGCUUUGCUGGUUUUUAAAGAUGUUUAACCACUUAAAUGUCAAGUAAUCAAAUUUUUGCACCCUGCAGCAUGUCUAUCAUAAAGUACAACAACUUCUGCAACAUCGGCCGUUUCCCAGGCAUUAAACUAGAGUCUGACCGCUUCUGGAGUGGGUCUGGCUGUGUGCCGGUUUACAGUAACCCCUGCGUGAAACCUUUCGUCAAUCCUUGUGUGAAUCCCUGCGCAAAACCCGUCAUCAACCCUUGCUUGAAACCUUGCGUGGUUCCUUGCGUCAACCCGUGCAACAACCCCUGCGCCAUCCCUUGCGACUAUGUGAGGCCGCGCUGGGAAUAUGACUGCAAGGAAGUCGUCUCGAAAUGCUGUGUGGACGACUGCCAGGUUGUGCGCACCUGCGAAGAUUUGGUUCUGCAGGUUCGUUCUGUUGACCUGAUGAAAUUCUGGAAGUGUCAGAAUCGCCAGGAGCAUCACACCAGCUGUUUCCGCAGCGAUAACCUCAUUGUUCGUAGAGGACAGUGUUUCCAGAUGUGGAUUGAGCUUUCCCGGCCAUUCAAUCCGAAAUGUGACCAACUUCACCUGGAGCUGAGACUUGGUAAUGUUCCAUCCGUUCGCAACGGCACUCUGGUGAUUGUCCCAUUAGUGGAUGAAUUCAAGAAAUGCCGUUGGGAGGCCAAGAUUGUUGAACGGGUACAAAACCGAAUCAAACUGUGUGUGUACUCCCUUCCGACUGCUUGCAUUGGACGAUACAGCCUCACCAUUGUGACCUGUGGUCCAAAGGGCAGGGCCACUUCAUUCUGCAACCCUUGCAAUGACAUUUACAUGCUGUUCAACCCCUGGUGUAAAGAUGACACUGUGUAUCUGGAUGACGAGGCCCAGAGAGUUGAGUAUGUGCUGAAUGACGUGGGAAAAAUCUACUAUGGAACUAAACAUCAGAUCGCUUCCAGAACCUGGAACUUCGGUCAAUUUGAUGAAGGAGUUUUGGCUGCCUGUCUCUAUGUCUUGGAGAAGAGUGGUGGCCCUUGCACUGGAUGGGGAGAUCCUGUUAACGUGGUGAGAGUGAUAUCUGCCAUGAUUAAUGCCAAUGAUGACUGUGGAGUACUGGUGGCUAACUGGUCAAACUGCUAUGGAGAUGGAACUGCUCCAGCAUCCUGGUGCAGCAGCAGUGCCAUCCUGAAACAGUACCACAAAUGUGGAGGAAUACCUGUCAAAUAUGGACAGAGCUUGGCCUUUGCUGGAGUUACCAACACACUGUUGAGGUGUUUGGGAAUUCCUGCUCGACCAGUCACAAACUUCUGCUCUGCUCAUGACACUGAUGUGUCUAUGACAGUAGACAUUUAUCUUGAUGAGAACUACGAUCUGAUCGAUAACUUGAACCAUGAUUCAAUCUGGACCUACCACGUGUGGAAUGAGGCCUGGAUGACUCGACCUGAUCUGCCAUGUGGUUUCGGAGGUUGGCAGGUGGUUGAUUCCACUCCUCAGGAAACCAGCCAGGGCUUCUUCCGCUGUGGCCCCACCUCAGUUGCUGCAGUUCGCAGUGGGCAGGUCUUCCUCAAAUAUGACACACCCUUCGUUUUUGCAGAGGUGAACAGUGAUGUAGUUUUCUGGCAGCGGACAGCUUGUGGAACAUUCGCUGUGGUCCAUGUUGACAAGAACGCAGUUGGUCACUGCAUCAGCACCAAGGCUGUUGGCUCAGACAAUCGCGUGGAUAUCACACACCACUACAAACACCCAGAAGGUUCAGAGGAGGAGCGCCAUGCUGUGGAAACGGCUCUUCGUCAUGGCUCCAGGAGAUGCGUAUACCCACUGCCCUGCGCUGAGGAUGUAGUCUGUGAUAUCACCAUGAAGGGUGAUGGCCCAUGUGUGGGCAAGGAUGCCGUGCUCUGCAUCGCUCUGAAGAACAAAUGCAGCUCACCUCGUAGUGUCACCCUCCACAGCCAGGUGUCUGCCGCAUACUACACUGGAGUCCACAAGGCCUUGGUGAAGAAGGACCAGACAUGCUUUGAGCUCAAGGCCAGUGAAACCAAGGUUCUGGAGUGGUGUCUGCGAUAUGAGGAUUAUAAGACACACCUUGUGGAUCAUUCAUCCAUGAUGCUCACUGUGGCUGGACGGGUCACUCAAACCAAGCAAAUUGUGGCCAAACGUUUCAACUUUAGACUGUGCACUUCCAAUCUUGUUAUAACUCCUGGAUGUGACUGUGUGGUGGGCAAAGAAGUGCCGGUAAAAAUCACAUUCCAGAACCCACUGCCCUGUGUCCUGAAGAAUGCUGUUUUCCGUAUUGAGGGACUAGGAAUGAAGCACUGCAGAUCGGUUAACUAUGGUGAAAUUGCAAGCCUGGCCACAGUGAACCUGACCGAGACAUUUAUUCCUAAGUGUCCCGGCCCUUACAAACUUCUGGCUUCGCUCGAUUGUCCUCAGCUGACUCAGGUGCAUGGAUUCUCUGACGUUGUUGUCAAAGAAAAGUGAAGAAGCUCUCAAAUAAACAGAAAAGCAGAAAGCGUUCAGCAUGAUUUCACAUAGAUUGAUUUGCAGAGUUAAAGAAGGGAAUUAUGCAGUCUUUAGAAAAGGGUGAACCAAAGGGUGCAUUUAAUUUUGGAGAUCUUGGCUUAAGAUUUUGGAAUAUGCAAUGCAUUUGUAGUUUCGCAUUCACAACUUCAGCUGUUUCGUUUUGUUGUCAACCUAACAAAAUGACUGUGUCUUGUUGCAUUUAGUGAUUUAUUUACUUCUUUUAGCUACACUGAUAUUCUG